GUGCAGGAGUCGACAAGCGCUGUGGGGCAAAUGGCGGAGGCACCGGCAGUUGGCAUCGACCUUGGCACCACAUACUCUUGCGUGGGUGUAUGGAAGAACGAAGGCGUCGAGAUCAUAGCGAACGACCAGGGUAACAGAACCACCCCUUCCUAUGUCGCAUUCACCGACACAGAGCGACUGGUGGGCGACGCCGCGAAAAACCAGGUGGCGAGGAACCCCGAAAACACCGUUUUUGACGCGAAGCGUCUCAUUGGACGGAAGUUCGAUGACCCCGCGGUGCAGUCGGACAUGAAGCACUGGCCGUUCACGGUCAAGGCUGGAAGCGGGGGUAAGCCACUUAUUGAAGUGAACUACCAAGGUGCUACGAAGACUUUUCAUCCGGAGGAAAUUUCCGCCAUGGUGCUGGUGAAGAUGAAGGAAAUUGCCGAGUCGUUCGUUGGCAAAGAAGUUAAGGAGGCCGUUAUUACAGUACCGGCAUACUUCAACGAUUCUCAGCGCCAGGCCACAAAGGACGCCGGCACUAUUGCGGGUCUGAACGUUCUUCGUAUCAUUAACGAGCCUACGGCUGCAGCCAUAGCCUAUGGUCUGGACAAGAAGGGACAGGGUGAAAUGAAUGUCCUCAUCUUCGACAUGGGUGGUGGCACAUUUGAUGUUUCCCUGCUUACCAUCGAGGACGGCAUCUUUGAGGUCAAGGCUACAGCUGGUGAUACCCAUUUGGGUGGAGAGGACUUCGACAACAGACUCGUGGACUUCUGCAUGCAGGAUUUCAAGCGGAAGAAUCGAAGCAAGGAUCUUAGCGGCAACAGCCGUGCUCUAAGACGCCUGCGCACUCAAUGUGAGAGAGCGAAGCGCACCCUCUCGAGCAGCACCCAGGCCACCAUCGAGAUCGAUUCGCUGUUUGAAGGCAUUGAUUAUUCCGUAUCUCUUUCCCGGGCACGUUUCGAGGAGCUCUGCAUGGAUUACUUCAGGAGUUCUCUUGUGCCAGUGGAGAAGGUGUUGAAGGACGCUGCCAUCGACAAGCGCAGUGUGCACGAGGUUGUCUUGGUCGGAGGGUCUACCCGUAUUCCCAAGAUUCAGCAGAUUAUCCAGGAGUUCUUCAAUGACAAGGAGCCCUGCCGUUCCAUCAACCCGGAUGAGGCCGUGGCAUACGGUGCUGCAGUGCAGGCCGCCAUUCUCAAGGGUGUCAACAACUCUCAGGUACAGGAUCUUCUGCUGCUAGACGUAGCGCCACUCUCGCUUGGGUUGGAGACUGCUGGAGGCGUCAUGACGAAGUUGAUCGAGCGCAACACCACCAUCCCCACCAAGAAGUCCCAGGUCUUCACCACCUACGCAGACAACCAGCCAGGAGUGUUGAUUCAAGUCUUUGAAGGAGAACGUGCCAUGACCAAGGAUAACAACCUCUUGGGCAAGUUCCACUUGGAUGGAAUCCCUCCUGCCCCCCGUGGCGUCCCUCAAAUCGAAGUCACCUUCGAUAUUGAUGCAAAUGGCAUCAUGAACGUCACUGCCACCGAAAAGAACACUGGGAAAUCCAACCAGAUCACGAUUACGAACGAUAAGGGCCGCCUGUCACAGAGUGAAAUCGACCGCAUGGUGGCAGAAGCUGAGAAGUACAAGGCGGAGGACGAUGCCAACAAGCAGCGUGUGGAGUCAAAGAACGCGUUGGAGAACUAUUGCUACUCGAUGCGCAGCACCAUGGAGGAUGAGAAGAUUAAGGACAAAGUCUCAGACAAUGACAGAGAAGCCGCCACCUCUGCCAUUCAAAAAACACUUGACUGGCUCGACAAGAACCACCUGGCAGAGAAGGAGGAGUUCGAAGCGAAGCGAAAGGAGGUCGAGGCAGUCUGCGCACCGAUCGUCACGAAGAUGUAUCAGGCUGCUGCUGGCAGUGGAGGGAUGCCUGGGGGAAUGCCCGGAGGAAUGCCCGACAUGUCGGGGGCAGGUGGAGCAGGUGGACCAACUGUAGAGGAGGUCGACUAA